AUGAACUACAAGUCAUCCGGCGGUAAGCGAAAAGGGAGUCAGUCUUAUGGCCCAGAGACAUCUCAAGGUCUACUUGACUUAUGCCGCUAUCGUUUUGUCUUUGAAAAAGAGACCAUCCCGCAAUCCAUACAUACCCCCCCCAUACGGGCCAUACUUUUUCCCUGGUUGUAUUUUUGCCCAAUUUUGGGCUUGUCUUUUCAUGCAAUAAACCCACGAGAGGAUAAAUGGCGCAAUAGCCAGUUUGGCCAAUCAAACUGUCGGCGUUCUGUCAGAUUGUUGGAUUCCUACGGUAGAUAA